UGCAGGACAGACAACACGUAAGGUGGAAGGUUAAAGCCCGCUCUUCUAUACAGGAAGUGACUGCUUCGGACCAGCGAGUACAUAAAACUAGCCUAAACUCUCACAGUAAGGACUUUAUCCCAGUUAUUGACAGAUUCCUUGUCAAGAAAAGAAAAUGUCCUCGAUGGACCUGGAGAAGUUGAAGAUGACGGGAGCGGGCCGAGCAAUAGCGGUGCUCACUAGCGGAGGAGACGCACAAGGGAUGAAUGCUGCUGUGCGAGCUGUAACCAGAAUGGGCAUUUAUGUUGGAGCCAAGGUCUACCUUAUAUAUGAGGGUUACCAGGGCCUGGUGGAUGGUGGCGAUAACAUCAAACUAGCCCACUGGCAAAGUGUGACCAACAUCAUCCAGCUGGGUGGGACGGUGAUCGGUAGCGCGCGAUGCAAGGCCUUCACGUGCCGAGACGGGAGGUUGGCAGCGGCCUACAACCUGGUAAAAAGAGGCAUCACCAACCUGUGCGUGUGCGGCGGCGACGGCAGCCUCACCGGAGCCAACAUCUUUCGCAAGGAGUGGAGCGGCCUGCUGGACGAACUCGUGCAGAAGGGGAGGAUAACUGAUGAUCUGGCGAAGCAGUAUAGCCACCUUAACAUCGUGGGGCUGGUGGGUUCCAUAGACAACGACUUCUGUGGCACUGACAUGACCAUUGGAGCAGACUCGGCGCUGCACCGCAUCAUGGAGAUCAUUGACGCUAUCAUGACGACUGCACAAAGCCACCAGCGGACAUUUGUCCUGGAGGUCAUGGGUCGUCAUUGCGGUUAUCUGGCUCUGGUGUCCGCUCUGGCAUCCGGUGCCGAUUGGCUCUUCAUCCCAGAGGCCCCUCCGAAGGACGGCUGGGAGGAUCGCAUGUGUGACCGUCUAGAAGCGAGCCGUAUCAGAGGAUCCAGACUCAACAUUAUAAUUGUUGCAGAAGGAGCUAUUGAUAUCCACGGGCGGCCCAUCUCCUCCACUUAUCUCAAAGAUCUGGUGGUGAAGCGGUUGAAUUAUGACACCAGAGUCACCGUACUGGGACAUGUUCAGCGAGGAGGAACGCCCUCAGCGUUUGACAGGAUACUGAGCAGUAAAUUAGGCGUGGAGGCAGUCGUCGCCCUGAUGGAGGCGUCUCCUGACACCCCGGCCUGCGUCAUUGGCCUUUCGGGGAACCACGCGGUGCGUCUGCCUCUCAUGGAGUGCGUGGAGAUGACAAAGUUGGUGCAGACCGCCAUGAAUGAAAAGCGCUUUAAUGAGGCGGUUAAAUUGCGUGGGGGGAGUUUUGAAAACAACUGGAACAUCUACAAGCUUCUUGCUUUCCAGAAGCCUGCCCAGUCUAAGAGCAACUUCACUCUGGCUGUCCUCAACGUUGGCGCCCCAGCAGCAGGGAUGAAUGCGGCGGUGAGGUCAGCGGUGAGGUUGGCGAUCGCUCACGGACACAAGGUCUACGCUGUUCACGACGGCUUUCAGGGCUUUGCCAACGGAGAGGUGUUUGAAAUGCAGUGGCACAAUGUGGCAGGAUGGACCGGCCAAGGGGGGUCACUGUUAGGGACCAAAAGAACCCUUCCGAGCAAACACAUGGAGAAGGUUGUGGAGAACAUCGCCAAGUACAACAUCUCCGCCCUGCUCGUGAUCGGAGGAUUUGAGGCCUACCGAGGCGUACUGGAGCUCUUUGAGGCCCGAGGUCGUUACGAUGAGCUGUGUAUCCCCAUGUGUGUUAUUCCGGCUACCAUCAGCAACAAUGUCCCUGGAACAGACUUCAGUUUGGGAGCCGACACCGCUGUCAAUGCCGCCAUGGAGGGUUGUGACAAGAUAAAGCAAUCUGCCUCCGGGACAAAGAGGCGCGUGUUUGUGGUGGAAACGAUGGGGGGAUACUGCGGUUACCUAGCAACCAGCACCGGUAUCGCCGUGGGCGCUGAUGCAGCCUACAUCUUUGAGGACCCCUUUAACAUCCAUGACCUGAAGACCAACGUGGAACAUCUAACGGAGAAAAUGAAGAAGGACAUCCAGCGGGGGCUCGUUUUGAGGAAUGAAAAAUCCCACGAUCAUUACACAACCGAUUUCCUCCACAAGCUGUAUUCAGCCGAGGGGAAGAACAUUUUUGACUGUCGGGUCAACGUGUUGGGUCACCUCCAGCAGGGAGGGGUACCGUCUCCUUUUGACAGGAACUAUGGCACCAAGCUGGGAGUGAGAGCCAUCCAGUGGAUAAGUGAGAAGUUGAUGGAAAACUUCCGUCAAGGUCGCGUCUUCGCCAACUCGCCAGACUCCGCGUGCGUCCUCGGCCUCCACAGGAAGAUCGUAGCGUUCAGCCCCAUCACCGAACUCAAAGACGUCACCGACUUUGAGCACCGCAUGCCCAAAGUCCAGUGGUGGUUUAACCUGCGUCCCAUGCUGAAGAUGUUGGCAAAGUAUCAAACCAGCUUCUGCGAAUAUGUGCCGGGAGAGAUUGAACAUGUGACCCGUCGCUCUCUCAGCAUUGACUCUGGCUUCUAGGUGCUCCCUAAUCGCACUCGGCACUUUUUUUAAAACCAUCUGCCUGUAUUUACAUUUUCCACAUGCCUGCUCCUGUAUUUGCAAAGGGUAAAAUUAACUACUGCUAUUAUUUAUUUAAAGGGGCAUCUUAAAGGGGCAUCUCAUUGAGCAUUUAUGUGGUCAAAAACAUUUUUUUUUGUCUGUUUUUUCCACAGAAAACACAUCUCAUUCGCUCGUCUAAAUAAGUGAUAAUACAUGGUGGCUUAAAAUGCAUUUAAUUAGUCUUUGAAGCGCACUGAAGACAGACGGAAAUAAGCUCUGGAGUUGUUUUUAAUGUCUUGAUUACAACAGUCAAUCUUAUUGCAAAUGUUGAUCUGAAAUCGGAGGAGAAUGUCAGUAUCAAGCUAGCCAAUUAUUCCUAUUACAGAGCAACCUUCAAAGGUUAAACACAGUUUAUUUUGCGAUUCUUCCAACAAAAAAAUUUGCACAUUUGAUAAGCGAUGGAAAUUGAAUUAGUCUGUUCCAGAGUCAAACUCUCUAUCAACCCUAUAAUUAAGUGCCUAGGCAAUGUUGUCAAUAACAUUUUAACAUUCCUAACUGUCAUACAAGUGUAAAAGAAGCUAACUUCUUUUGGAAUAAAAUUUAAACAUUUUACUCCGGUUUCCUCCCACAUUCCAAAAACAUGCUAGGUUAAUUGGCCACUCCAAAUUGUCCAUAGGUAUGAAUGUGAGUGUGAAUGGUUGUUUGUCUAUAUGUGCCCUGUGAUUGGCUGGCGACCAGUCCAGGGUGUACCCCGCCUUACGCCCGAAGACAGCUGGGAUAGGCUCCAGCACCCCCGCGACCCUCGUGAGGAAAAGCGGUAGAAAAUGAAUGAAUGAAUGAAUGUAAACAUUUUGACCAGGCCACUUUCAUAGUUAUGUUACCACUACUUUGCAAGACGUUCUGUGUUUACCGCCACACUUUUUCUCAUGUGUCGUUCUGUGGUGGCGUCACAAAAACAAACACCAAAACACGUAUUGGUAAGAUUUCGAAUUGUACAAUUUUGAAUGUAUUGCAUUUGAAUUUAGAGGUUUCAAACUUGUCAGGUUAUGCUACUGAAUGACUUUGUAUAAGACCUUUAAAUGCAAUCAUGUUAAAAUGAACCUCCUGUGAGAUAAACUACUGAAUCAAUAAUGAACAAGAGCCAAAAAGUGAAUGAAUGAAUGCUGUGUAUCCAUGUUGUAACAUUCUAAUCCUUAACAGGUCCAUUAAUUUUACACUGAAAGGCUGAUUUAAGAUGCUGUAUCCUUAAAUAUUUACACGCUGUGAGAUGGAACUGCUGAUCUUUGUAAGUAAUUCAUCUAAGCAAAUGAUAGAUAUAGUCAUGCAUUUAAUUACAAUAUUUAACGGGAAUGGGAUGCAUUGGUGUUGAAAUGUUGUCAUCGUGGAAAGCAAUAUAUUUAGAAAUGGUGAAAAGACCAAAUGAACACGUCACAAGAACCACAGAAGUGAC